CUUGCGACUGUCGUGUCGCUUUUAAUUUAAGUUGUGUUGCAUAUUUUGUUUAAACAGUAAAUGGAUUUCUUAUAACACGUAAAGGUUCAGUUAUACAUCUCUUUAUGUAAAAUAAUAUUAAGUAAAGUGAAACGGGAUUCAAGGUCAAAAGUCCAGUACAAAGUUUGGGAAUACAAUAAAGUAUCAGAAAAUAUGCCUGCCAUUUUAAAGUUUAGAUUGGCAAUUCUGACUCAAACUCGAGCUUUAUAUAGGGCUUUCAAUUUUGUAAGGAUGCAGACCAGUGGGGCAGCAUAUUCAAGGGGUAUGCUGAAAGAGAAAAUAGCUAUCGUUACAGCUGCUACCGAGGGGAUUGGUCUAGCCAUUGCCCGACGCCUGGCACAAGAAGGUGCUCAUGUGAUAAUAAGCAGCCGUAAACAAGAAAAUGUGGAUAAAGCACUUACAGAGUUGAAGUCUGAAGGACUAAAUGUUUCAGGACGUGUUUGCCAUGUGGGGAAUGAAGAUCAUCAAGAAAAGCUAGUCAGCAUGACUGUAGAGCAGCAUGGUGGGAUUGACAUUUUGGUGUCUAAUGCAGCAGUAAACCCAUAUUUUGGCAAAGUUCUGGAUUGCAGCAAAGACGCAUGGCAAAAGAUAUUUGAUGUUAAUGUGACAGCAAGCUUCUUGCUGGCAAAACGAGUUGUUCCUCACAUGGAGAAACGAGGAGGUGGCUCCAUUGUGUUCAUAUCUUCUACUGCUGCUUAUCAUCCUUUUCCGAACCUUGGUCCAUACAGUGUUAGCAAGACUGCCCUUCUAGGGCUUACCAAGGCCAUAGCUCCUGAGGUUGGUUCCUUGAACAUUCGUGUGAACUGUGUUGCACCUGGGCUGAUCAAAACUAAAUUCAGCACACCGUUAUGGGAGAAUCCACAGCAAUUGGAAAUGAUAACAGCACAUUUACCUUUAGCAAGAAUUGGUCUGCCUGAGGAGGUUGCUGGUGCCGUGGCUUUCCUUUGCUCAUCAGAUGCUUCCUAUAUUACUGGUGAGACAUUUGUCGUGGGAGGUGGAGGACAUGCCAGGCUCUAAGAAGAUUCAAGAUAGUGGGGAAAAGCAGAAAAUAAAGAUGAUUUGGUGUUUUAAGGCAUAUUCUUGCUUUGCUUAUUGGCUUUAUGAAAUAUUUGCAAACUUUUGGCAGUUUCCUUCAUGAACUGUAAGUUGCUUGCCUCCAUUUGAAAUCGGUGUCCUGUUCCUAGGCCAAUACUAGGAAGUAUUGUCACUACACUACAGUACAGAGAACUGCUUUUGAGAAACGGUGCUGUAUGGUACCUGAAAGGUGUGAAAGUAGGAUUUCUGCUCUUUUUUUAUUGGCUGUAAUCGUCUGAGUCAUGUUUCCUGUGCUUACCUGUACAAGCUUUCAUUUUAAUAAGAAGUAGAAACUUGAUGGGCUCAGUGAUAUUGUUUGGGCUUGUCUAGAGUCAGACUAGUUCAUCACCUCAUUCGUAAGUAUUUUCACAUAUCUUUCCUCUUUGGCAGCCAGGUGUGAAGAUGGUAAAUUUUAAUCAGUUCAUAUGCACCAUAAUGCAUAGAUAUUUCAUUGUUCAUAAAUUUCAUUGUUUAUAGAUUAUACUGAACGAUGCGUUGGCACAAGUCCCAAAAAAGAUUGAUGUUGACUCACUUAGGGAAGUUUCAGCAAGUGCAGUUACCAUGAAGUUAAAUCACUUGAAGCAUUUUUCGGUGAACCUCACAGUACAUUCUUUUAGGCAAAAACCUUUUUUUGCCCCCAGACUGACAUAUUCCAGUGCCACAGUAGUUUAGCAGAGGAAAAAAGUGCAAACUCCAUCAGCACUAAAAGCAGCUUUCAGGAAAAUCACUUUACAUUAAUUGCACUUAUACAAACUGACACCCCCAAAACAGACUCAAGCAUUAGGUUUUGCCUAUUGUUUCUGCUUGUGCCAUUAGUGAACUUGUCUCCCAGUCCAUUGAACACCCAUCAGUUAAGAGCAAAUACAGAAACAGUAGUCGGUAAUUAUAGUGCAGAUGGACUUUACCGAACCAUCACACAAUCACAUUUCAGUGACUUAUGUGCUCAUCUAAAGCCCUUAUGAAUUGUUUUAAAUUCCUUAUCUUAUUUCCUUUUGCAUCCUAUACCAUUUAUUUACCAAAAUAUUUGAGAACCUGUUUUUAAAAUGUGUUACUUUGGGCUUAUACCUUAACCAUAACACAUUUUAGUGUUAAAUUCCUUUCUUAUCACAAAACAAGACUUUUCCUGACACAGCAGAUAACAAAGGGCAGGGUGGCAACAGAUGUGAGGGGGAGAAUUAUCACAAGAGUGCUUUAAAAACAAAAUAUGGUCUCUUGUCAGUAGUCUGUAUCCCACUAUCUCAUUUCUUCUCAGUUUAGAAAAAUACCCUUUGCACACACUCUUAUGUCCUUUUGUUUUGGUAACUAGUGUAGUAUUCAAAAUAGUAAUUUAGAUCUGAUAAUACUAUCACUGAUAACAAGUGUAAAUUCCUCCUUAUUUUGGAGUUCAGUAAUAUUUAAAUGCAAUGGAAGUUCCUUCUCUCCACUGUCAGAAGAGUUUUGCUCCUGUUAUAUUUAUGUGUUUUCCACAUUCAUUUAAUACAGUUGCAUAUUACAGAUUUGGAAUUUUUUGUUGUUUCAUAGCCACAUUCCUUAGCAGUACUUACCAUUUCAUUUCCCCUUUGUUACUUAUGUAAUCAUGACAAAGGGCCUGUCCAAAUAAACUAGUUUUUAUCAGUACGAACGUUUCCAGAACUUGUUACUUGCUACGUAUAUACCUGCAUCUUAUUACAAGUAUUUUUGGUCGCUGUAAUUACCAGUAUCUUAUCACAAGCAUUCUGCCUGGAACUCCACGGAAACUUUUUGGAAGUGACUUAUGUAAUCAUGACAAAGGGCCUGUCUUAGUCCUGAACUUUGAAGAAUAUCUCUCAGUACUCUGUAGUAAUCUGAUAGUUUGCCACUGAUGUUACAUACAGUCAUUCCCUUCACAAACCUGUGUAUCUUCUCAUUUGUAGUUUUCUCAUUUCCUCUUCCACACAAUUCUCCUGUCAUGUUAUCUCCAUUAAACAUUUACAUUCUGUUGCAUUGUACAUUUGACAACUUCAUGUAGAUACAUUAACAGAUGGCUCUAAAUAUAUGGGAUAGUUUAAUUCCUUGCAGGAAUUUGCUUGACUAGCCAAAGAGGAGCUUAAUUCCUGAAGCCAUAUUAAUAACCUUCUCUUUAGAUCCAGUGCUGUCAGCUGUUACUUCUUUUUAUUUUUCCAGAAUGGUUGGUUCCUGGCAGAGUCACACUAACAGGUUAGUAAUUAUCCGUCUCUUUUUUUUUUUUUAGUCUUAAAAACAAGGUAUAAUCCAAGCGUUCUUUUCUUCUGUGCAUUUUUUUAUAUUCAAGGAUCUCUCAGAUAAGCCAAGAUGUUCACAGAGCAGCUCGUCAGUAACUUUAAAGCCUUCAUGUCUAAACUAGGAUUGAUUUGAUGGAGGAAUUAGCUGGGUGGGGUAAGAGUGACCAGCUGAUGCUGGCUUGCCCUUCUGACGAAAGAUGACAGGCUUGUCCAUUCAGUGCUGACAUGAAGGAGAAGACAGAUGUUAUAGCAGGCAGUGCAAAUGAUGGGCAUACGAAUUCACCAAGCAGCACAUUUGCAUUCUUUAGUUGGCAUUAGGUAUGUGUAAGGAAGUACACCUGUAUCAUUGAGAUGGUAUUUGUAGAGCACAACUGUCAGGUAACCAUGGUGUAGCAUUUGCUAGGCCAGAAAAAAACCUGUGACUGUUGCAUACAUGACUACUGGAGACAUGGGUCAGCAGUCAUAGGAAGAAAAGGUGCAUAGAAGAAAGGGCUUUCUGGUGUGUUCUCACUAGUUCAGAAAUAUUUAAUUAGCAAAUUUUCCAAUGUUUGGAUAGCAUUCCUCCUAGCUCCUGUUUGCAUUGUAUUACUUUUUAUGUUAGCACAAUCUAUCUUCUCCAGUUUUCCUUUUAUAAACAUGUGUAAUUACUGUAGUGCAGUAUACUUGUACUGUAAGGUGCUGGAUUUAAUGUGCAAAUAUGGAAUAAUUUUCUCUUCAUUGUAUGGAUUAUAUUACAUCUGUAAUUGUCAAGUGUUCAGAUGUUUUGUACUCAUCAAGCUGGCCAUGAAUAUGGUCUAGUUGGAUAUGUGCUCUACCACAGAAAACAUAUGUAAAUAAAUAAGUAAAUAAAGCAGAAAUUCUACCUUUAA